AUCCCAACACAUGACAUCCUAUGCUUUGUAGUACGUUGAGUCCAGCAGACAGUGUGUUUAAGUUGAAUAACUCGUUAAUUUUAUCAAAAUGGCUCAAAAAACAGAAGGGAUCCAGCAGCUGUUGAUGGCAGAAAAGAAGGCAUCAGAAAGAGUUAAUGAAGCAAGAAAACGUAAAACCCAAAGAAUAAAAGCUGCCAAGAAAGAAGCAGACGCAGAAAUAAAUGCAUUUAAAACAGAAAAGGAAAAUCAAUAUAAACAAUAUGAACAAGAGGUUCUAGGCAAGAAAAGCACAAGUGAGUCUCAGAUACAGGUGGAAACGAAUAAAAAAAUCAAAGAGCUGGAUGUGAUGAUGAAAUCAAAUCGCUCUAAAGCCAUGACAUCCAUUCAAAAGAUACUGUUUGAUAUCAAGAUCCAACUACACGAAAAUGUUAAGCUCUAGAUCUAAACUGGUAAUCAUUGUAUAGGGUAAUUUAUUUAUCUGGUGUUCUGACCAGGGCCAGGUCAAUAGGAAAAAUUUUAGUUUGCAUUUUUUUUUUUUUUUGAAGUAGUUCAUUUAGUCAUGUUUUUAAGUUAUUGAAUGAAAAUUAAAAAAAAACAACUUUGCACUUUUAAAUUAAACUAGAAAGAAAAUGUAAGGAAUUCCUGGCCUUGUCACUUGUUGUUCUGAUUGUAUUGAAAUGUACCUUGUUUCCAUUUAUAUUCUGGUGCAUUUUAUAAAUUUUUUUUUCUGGGAACAAAAAAGAAGUCAUGCUCAUUACUAACAGUGUUAAAAUUCUUUAUGACAUUUGUAUUGAUAUUUUCUGUAAUUAGUUUGAAUGUGAUUCCUAUCUGUAGAUUUACUGUAUUAUUUGUUUAUAUAUUAAUAGAGAUGUAGAGAAUCGUCGGAGAAUAUGUUUUACAAUAUAGGAAAGUAUUGAAACAAACUUUAACAUGUCGAGUAAUGAUGUCUAGUACUUGUAAAACUUGCACUUGUAUUUCUAAGAAAAAAAAAUUUACUUUAAGAAUCGUGUUGCCAAAGAAAUGGAAACAACAAAGAUGUACAUUUUAUUUUUUGUGAUAUUCGGAACUAUACACAUAUAUUUGAAUUGUAUGAAACUAAGUCUGACACCAUUCAUCAGAUUGCUCAUGUGUAAAUGCAUUGUGUAACUUGCAUUUCUUUACAAUAACAAAUAGUUCAUUGCUGUGAGUAGAAUGAUACAUGGACUUAGUAUUUUAUUUAACAUUUCUAAUAAAGCUUUCAAAAAUGAAA